AUGGGCGUCCUCCCUGUGCGCGGCGACGCCGAGUGGAACGCGCAGAUGCAGCGCGCGGGCGGGAAGCUCGUGGUCGUGGACUUCUCCGCCGUCUGGUGCGGCCCGUGCCAGCACAUUAAGCCCGUGUACCACGCGCUGAGCCACGAGUACCAGGACGUGGUGUUCCUCGAGGUGGACGAGGCGCAGAACCGCGCGCUGAUUGGCGCGCUGGGCGUGCGCGGGUUCCCGACGUUCCACUUUUACUUGAACCAGUCGAAAGUCGAUGAACUCGUGGGCGCGGACCCGAACUCCUUGCGGGCGAAGAUUGAGCAGUGGCGGCAGUCGGCGUUCAAUCCGUUUGCUUCGCCUGGAGUGGCCUUGGGCUCGAGCGCUGGAGCUGCUGCUGCUGCUGCUGCUGGAGCUGCGUCUCGAUCGGCGGCUGAACAAGCGCGCGAAGCUCGGCUCAAGAAGUUCAACGACGUGAGUCUUGUGCCUCCCACUGGGUUGACGCCAGCGAGAACUCCUCUUGCUGCUGCUGCUGCUGCUACUGCUGUGGCUUCUACUGCUGCUGCUGCAAAGUCCGUGCCAGUGGCUGGUGCAGUGUGUGAUUUAAGUACGGGCAUCUGUCGUUCGGCUGGUGAUGAGGAUGCCAAUGUGGACGACGGCGACGCUGAUGAAAAGAUGGAGCACGGAGGAGAAGAGAUGGGACUUCCGUUUGUGGACGAGGGACUAUUGGCACAGCUCAAGGAGAUGGGGUUUGACGAGCUCCGAUCGAGUAAAGCGCUUGUUGCAACGGAGAAUCAGGGACUGGAAGACGCGAUCAAUUGGUUGGGGGAUCACCAAGAUGAUGCGGAUAUUGACGAGCCCAUGAAGGUGGUGGAUCUGUCAAAGACAGCGCCGAAACGGGAGCUGACAAGUGAGGAAAAGGCAGCAAAAGUCGAGGAGUUGAAGGCGCGUAUCGCGAAAAAGCGUGCAGAGCGCGAGGAACUGGAGAAGGCCGAGCAGCGUGCGAAGGAGUUGAAGCGCCGCACGGAAGGACAGGGCAUGCAGGAAGCGCGUGACGAGAUUGAGGCGAUUCAGCGGAAGAUUGCUGCGGAGAAAAUGAAGAAGGACAAGGAAGACGCGAAGCGAGAGCGGGAGCGCCUGCGUCAGCAGAUUGAGAUGGACAAGCGCGAGCGUCACGCUCGUGGUGGUCGGCUGGGUGGCCCUCCUAUUGAUGUGGCGCCCGCUGGUCCGGCCAUGUCAAAGAAGAAGGAAGAAGAGACAAAGAAGGCCCCCGAGCUGACACCUAGAGAGCAGAUCGUGAAAAAUGUGGGCAUUCUGAAGAAGUAUCGUGUGGGUAACGAUGGACUCACGGCCCUGAAAACGCUGAAUGUGUAUGUGAAGAACCUGGUGGAAAAGCCAGGCGAGGAGAAGUUCCGCACGAUCAACCUGGACAAUCCGGCGUUCCGCAAGCGGGUGGCGAGCCUGGUAGGAGGCGUGGCUUUCUUGAAGAGCCUUGGCUACGAAAAGGACGAGGCGGAUGGCAAUCUCAAACUCUCGGUGGAAAAGCGUGACUUGGAGCUGCUGCAAUAUGCUCGCGUGCAGCUCGAGGGUGCGAUUGCUGAGUUGUCGAAUUAA